AUGCACGAGUUGUUGCUCCAAAAGCAGACGCGUCCGAGCAGUGAGCCACAUGGAAGCAAGGAGCAGCUCAACGGAGCGCUAAAGCAGCACAAAUGCUCGAGUGCCACAUUGUGCAAUGGGGCAAGGACAUCAGACACGCCCACAGCGCCGCCCACAACAGCCGCAUUGACAUGCAACAAGGAAAACAACAAGGAGUGCAACAAGGAGAACUGUGCCAGCCGGCAGCAGGGCGCACCCAACAAUUAUGUGGCACGUCGCGCCUGGAUAUCCACGGAGCGCAUGAACGAGCUGCGGCGCAAGGCCCAGGAGGCGGCCAAACAGAACAAAAUCUUUACCAUACGCGGCUGCUUCAAUUCGGUGCGUAAUGCGCUGCUCGCGCGCGGUUGGGUGGAAAAGCUGGACAUGCAUCGCAAGGUUGUGCCGCUGGGUCAGAUGACCUAUGAGGAUCUGACGCAGCGGCUGCCCAAACGCAAGGCGGGCGAAACAAGGCGUCAGUAUGUGCUCAAGUGCGAGCGGAAUAUAAUGUCCAGAUUCUUGGAGCACAUGCCCGUUGAUUUUCUGUGGACCAAUCGCAAGGAGAAGUGCGAUUAUAUUGAUCAGGCCAAGAAUCCCGGCAUGACCAUCAAUAAAUUCCAUCGUGCGCCCUUCACCUCCAAGGAGGGUCUGUGCAGUCAACUCCGCGAUUUUCACUGGUUCUUCGAGGAGGGCAUGGCCGAGAUGUAUUUUCCGCGCUGCUACAAUGUCUGGAGUCCCGAGGAGUUGGGUGAAUUCGUGGACAAUUUCAAGCUAACCGCCUGCGUGGCCUAUCUGCGGGCCAUGCUCUGCAGAUAUCAUAAACAUGGCGCCGAUUCGGUCUUCUCGCCCAGCGGCAAGAUACCCUAUUCCUCGAUAGACUUUGCCUACAAGCGUCUGGUCGAUUACAUCGAUAGCUGCCAGCACAAUGACAUUGACUACGAGGAUCCGCCCAAGGUAUGGGAGCACGACUGGGAUGCGUUCCUCUACCAGCACCAGCAGCUGGUCAACGAGGAUGGACGCAUCCAGCAUGAUGGCCAACGGACGCUCGACCACAUGGUCAAGAGCUGUGUUACGCUGGUGGAGAAAAUGAAGGUGCAUUGGCCACAGUACAGCCUGGAUGGCUAUCAGAAUUUGUGGAUUGUCAAGCCGGCAAAUAAAUGUCGUGGGCGUGGCAUAUUACUAAUGGACAACCUCAAGAAAAUCUUGGGCGUCGUGAAUCCAUCGAUAGCCUCCAAGAGUCGCUAUGUGGUGCAAAAGUACAUAGAACGACCCUUAAUAGUCUUCCAAACCAAGUUCGAUAUACGCCAAUGGUUUCUGAUAACCAACACACAGCCUCUGGUGGUCUGGUUCUAUCGCGAGAGCUAUUUGCGCUUCAGCUCGCAGGAGUACAGCCUGAGCAACCAUCACGAAUCGGUGCAUCUUACCAACUAUGCGAUACAGAAGAAGUAUACGAAUGGCAAGCGAGACAAGAGGCUGCCCAGCGAGAAUAUGUGGGAUUGCUAUUCGUUUCAGGCCUAUCUGCGGCAAAUUGGCAAGUCGAACAUGUGGCUGGAGCGCAUAUAUCCGGGCAUGCGUAAGGCCAUAGUGGGCACCAUGCUGGCAUCCCAGGAGAAUAUGGAUCGUCGGCCCAAUACGUUUGAGCUGUUUGGCGCCGAUUUCAUGAUAUGCGAGAACUUCUAUCCGUGGCUAAUUGAAAUUAAUUCAAGUCCAGAUCUGGGCGCCACGACUAGCGUAACGGCGCGCAUGUGUCCCAAGUGCCUGGAGGAUGUGGUCAAGGUCGUAAUUGAUCGCCGCUUGGAUCCCAAAUCGGAUAUGGGCAACUUUGAGCUGGCCUAUCGUCAGGUGGUGCCGCCCACGCCCGCCUACAUGGGACUCAAUCUGUUUGUGAAGGGCAAACAGCUGCUGCACAAGCUCAACCAUGGCCAUGUCCAUUACUAUCAGCAGCAGCAUCAUCAGCGCAAGGAGCGCAGCCUGGCCACGAGCAGUGUAUUCCGUCAACGUGCCGCAAUUGUGCCACCGCCAGCCAAUAUGUCGCGCAUACAUCGCGCCAUGCCCACCUUCAAUGCCACCGAAUACAUGGAGAAAUACAUGGUGGAGCCAUUGAGCAGCAGUCGCAGCAGCAUUAGCAGCAGCACACAGCCAGCAACAGCUGUGCCUACGCUCAAGCCCACGUCGGUGCCUGCAGCAGGAGCAGCAGCAGGAGCAGCAGCGGCAGCAGCAACAACGCCCUGUCCGUACCUGCUGAAGCAGGCGGGUCGCUCCAUAACCCAACUGUUGAGCGUCACACACAAGCGCAACACCACAGGCGCUCCAGAGGCAGCUGCCACAAAUGCGCUGCCACCGAAGCGACAGCGCAGCUGCGGUCCACGCUUUGUGCAGCAACAUGGGGAGGGCACAGAGAAAAAGUUCAAAAUACUUAUCAAAAAUUAUGCCUGCAAUGCUUCAGAUAAUCUGCUCGAGAAACAGGAGGCGCCCAGUGCGCCGGCCACGGCGCCAGCUAACAGCGAGCGCAAGUGGCGCAGCCUGCGCAGCAUAACCAACAACAACAACAACAACAACAACAACAACAGCAGCAGCAGCUGCACAGCCAACAGCUGCUCCAGAUCCCGUGGCACACUGUUAGAUGGCAUCAAAUGCUCACAACGUUUUGCGCGCACCAAAUCCGAAAUCGAGAGCUCGGCCAGCUUGCAUGCCAUUGGACGCACCUUCGGGCGCAGAUCGUAUGGACCCCGGCUGCCCAUCAGCAUCUCGGUGCAGGCGCUGCAUCGUGGCGAGCCCAUUGUGUCUGCCAUGAAGCAGGCCUCCAGCGAGCUGCAGCUCUCGCAGACGCCACCAAUUAGUCCACGCACCGCACAACUGGCCAGCAGCAGCAAUAAGUUGACCGUUAACACAUUGCUGACAGUGCCACCUCCCACUUGUUGA